UAUUGUUUAUAAUUUAAUUUAAAUAAAUAAGGACAUGGAAAAGAGGAGAGAGCUUUCUCCUCCCUAAUCAUGCAAUUCUGAUCAAACCGAAGAACUACGAUGGUAGAUGAAAAAUUAAGAUGAGAAAAUUAGGCGGGAUACACUUCACUUAAAAACUCUAAACUAUAGUUUAUCAAUACUACUAGGUCAUUCUCUAUCACAAUUUUCUCAACUCGCGCCCUGUUGAAAGCUUGCCGCCGUUGAAGACUCGCCGCCGUCGAAGGUUCGCCGCCGUCGAAGGCUCGCCGCCGUAGAAGGCUUUUCCGCAUUCUGCCGUCGCCGAAUUGUCAAAGGCUCUACCAACAUUGUCGAAGGUUCGCCGUCGCCGUCGAAGGUUCGUCGCCGUAGAAGCAGCAGCACUACAGCAGAGCUCAGCGCUGAAACACUGGAGGAGCAGGCUUCAGUAUUUGAGAAAGAAUUGACCUUGAAAAGAAGGGAAACUCUUGAUGUGUUGAAAGAAUUGGCUGGACCGUGAGCUGAACACUGCACUUUCAGUUGAGUUGUACUGAACUAUUUUUUAGUUCAGUAUAGUUUUCCUAAACUGGUUUAUAGUUAACCAUAAACUUUUAUAGUGCAGUACACUAUAGGACAGUUUGUCCACCCCUAGAGAAAAUUAAGAAAAGAGUAGUGAUGAUGACGAUUGGAUGAAUGAAGAAGAAUGGGAAAAAGAGUUGCGUCCUUUUUUCUUCCCUACAGAGCCUUGUUCUUCUCCUCCACCACUGAAACCCCCAGCCUUUACUCCUUCCUCCAGCCCUCAGUCUUUACCCUCACCAUAAACAAGCAGCAACCCAUUUCAGAAGGCUCCCCAAAGGCACCAACUUUCCUCUCACCUUCCCAACACUCCACUCUCGAAACCACCCUCCACAAGUCCCUCCUAAGCAGCAACACUGAUGAGGCAUGGAAGUCCUUCAAGGCACUCACCACCCACCGAGCCUUCCCUCCCAAACCCCUCACCAAUUCCCUUCUCUCUCACCUCUCCUCCCUUGGUGACACCCUCAAUCUCAAGAGGGCAUUUGCCUCUGCUCUCUUUCUCAUGGAGAAGAACCCCUUGUUGCUCCAACAUGACACCCUCCACCACAUGCUCCUCUCCAUGAAGGCUGCCAACACUGCAGCCCCUGCAUUUGCCCUUGUCAGGUCCAUGCUCAGGUUCAGGUUCUUUGUUCCUUUUCAUGUUUGGGGGCCUGUGCUUGUUGAGAUCAGUAGGAACUGUGGUAACCUUGCUGCUUUCUUGAGGCUCUUUGAGGAGAAUUGUAGGGUAGCUCUUGAGGAGAGAGUUGAGUUCAUGAAGCCUGAUGUUGGUGCUUGCAAUGCAGCACUGGAAGGUUGCUGCUGUGAGCUUGAGUCUGUAAGUGAUGCUGAGAGGAUUGUGGAGACAAUGUCAAGUCUAGGGGUUAGGCCUGAUGAGUUCAGUUUUGGGUUUCUGGGGUAUUUGUAUGCACUCAAGGGAUUGGAAGAGAGGAUUAGGGAGUUAGAAGUUUUGAUGGAUGGGUUUGGCUGUUUGAACAAGAAGGGUUUUUAUUGUAAUUUGAUUAAGGGUUACGUUAAGUCUGAGAAUUUGGCUUCUGUGGAGGCAACUAUUGUUAGAUUUCUGAAUGAUGGAUGUGGGAAGGAUUGGGGUUUUGGUGUUGAAACUUUUUGUGAAGUGAUUAAGGUUUAUUUUCAGAAGGGAAAUAUCAAGGGGUUGGCUAAUUUGAUUGUUAAAGCUCAAAAGAUAGAGGGUUCAAAUAUUGUGGUUGAUAGGUCUAUAGGGUAUGGAAUUGUUAAUGCGCGUGUUAGUAUUGGACUAUCUGAUAAAGCACAUAGUAUUCUUGAUGAGAUGAAUGUUCAGGGGGCCUCUGUGGGUCUUGGGGUCUAUAUACCUAUCUUGAAGGCUUACUGUAAAGAAAAUAGAACUGCUGAGGCUACUCAAUUGGUGAUGGAGAUUAGUAAUUCCGGUCUUCAGUUGGAUGUGGGAACCUAUGAUGCUUUGAUAGAAGCAUCCAUGUGCAGCCAAGAUUUUCAGUCAGCGUUUUCACUGUUUAGGGACAUGAGAGAGGCAAGGAUUCCUGACUUGAAAGGGAGUUACUUAACUAUAAUGACAGGUUUGAUGGAAAAACAUCGGCCUGAGUUGAUGGCAGCUUUCUUGGAUGAGGUGGUUGAAGAUCCUAGGAUUGAUGUAGGUACUCAUGAUUGGAAUUCUAUCAUCCAUGCUUUCUGUAAAGCUGGGAGACUUGACGAUGCAAGAAGAACUUUUAGAAGGAUGACGUUCCUGCAGUUUGAGCCAAACGAUCAGACAUACUUGUCUAUGAUUAAUGGAUAUGUCUUGGCUGAGAAAUAUUUUCUCGUGCUGAUGUUGUGGAACGAGGUUAAGAGGAAGCUAUCCAUGGAUGGGCAGAAGGGGAUCAAGUUUGACCAUAAUUUGGUUGAUGCGUUCCUUUAUGCUAUGGUCAAGGGUGGUUUCUUUGAUGCUGUUAUGCAAGUUGUGGAGAAAGCUAAUGAGAUGAAAAUAUUUGUUGAUAAGUGGAGAUACAAGCAAGCAUUCAUGGAGACCCAUAAAAAGCUCAGGGUGGCAAAGUUAAGGAAAAGAAAUUUUAAAAAAAUGGAAGCUCUUAUUGCUUUCAAGAACUGGGCUGGCUUAAAUGCCUGAACCUUUUACAGUGGCUACUUCAUAUCAUAGGGAUUAAACCAUCAUGUCUGAAAGAAACAAUGCAAAAUGAAGGCUGAGAUGGUUCAAUAUUGCAGAUUCUUUCAAUAAGCGAGCUUCAAUUCCACCAACUUAGGAGCACUUCAAAUUUUGAUUUUCUUGAAUGAUACACUUAGUUUAGGCUUGGAGGGUUCGGCUCAACAAGGUUCUUUUCUCCUAUUUUUUUGCCUUGAUGCUACAGAAAGCAAUUAUUUGACACUGUCACUGAGUUUUUAUUCAGCUAAUUCUUUCAUUUUGGGCUAAAUGUAUUGAUUUCUUCUUCCCUUUUGUUCUCUGCCGUCCCCCAUUUUUGGUGGUUGAUUGCUGUCUUCACUUGUCUUCUUGUACUUGUGACUGGAAAUUUAAACACACUGAAUCAAGGAACUGCUUACACUUCUUGAUAACUAUCUAUGAAGUAACUUGUAAACUAUGGCAGAAAGUAAUAGCAUCACACAUAGUACAGAUCAAUUUUUUUCCCUAUUUUGUACUUCUAGUGAGUUGUUUAUAGAAAGUCAUUAUCUUUAUCUGAACCAAAUUAGAGUUAAGCACUAUAAAUGAACAUGAUCUGAAGCAGGAGAUUGUUCAUCCCCUGGACGUGUAUGUUCAGGUUUAAUAUUUUUAUUUAGCCUAGUUUUUUUUUUCUUCAAUAGCUCAAGACUGUGGGUAGUAAUUGAGACUUGAUUUGCAGUGUACUAUAUCAGUUGCAGUUAGUGAGGGCAAACGUUUUUCAUCACAACAUUCUGAGUUAAUUACUUUACAUGACAUUAUAAAUAAAAUAACAAGAGGUUUUAUGUUUUAGCAAACUAAACAGAUGAUUUGCCUUAAUUUACCAAGUUUAAACUGAAUGAAUUGAAUAGGAUUUUAAGGAGGGAACAAUAUGAUUUUGAUUGUUUUUGGAGAAAAUAAUUAAUUUACUCAAAAGUUCUAUCUGAAAGUGUUUGUUUAUAAGCUGUUGGAAAUACAAAAUAAGCCAAGCUUUCACUGAGUUAUUCACAUUCCAUAUAAUAUAGACAUUCCUUGUUCAUAAAUGUUGAAUACUUGGCAUGCCUUGCAGAUUAGGACACAUGACAACUCAAGACUCAAAUAUUUCAUUUUAGUAUGUGAUGUGUGCCAGUUUGACAUUGCACGAGGCAAGGGCAUCUCUGUUUUUGCAGGUUCCAUUCUUUGUGCUGCUUGUUGCUGCAAUGAUGGCGUGGAAGUAAAACACCCCACUGGUGUUAAAGUAUCAUAGUCUAACAAUUGGUUUACUCCUAUUCUUUGUGCCCUCUUUCUUGUGCUUCUAGGAUGUUGAAGGAUGAAGUAACCUGUAACUUAAGGCACAAAUUUAUACAUCACACAUGGUAGAUAUAAUUUUUUUCCUCUUUUUGUA